CGUUAUUUAUGUAAUGUGUUACACAGUAACCUAGCUGUAGAUACGCCGCUACACGGGUUAAAAUUGGGAAUGAAAAAGGAAAAACAUUAAUGUGCAGAUAUCCUGGUUAGGUUCAAAACCGUUUGUGUUCGAGCACAGACACAUGCACGUUUCGGACAGAUGUGAUAGAAGAAGAGGCACGCUACUGUCGGUGUGUUAUUUAAAUUGUCUAUGCAGUACUACUCCGUUCGCAGUGCUUUGGCGUAAGAAACACAUCAUUUCUUCCUUUGCGACGUUGUUCUGGAGAACACCAUGGAUCUGCUGGAGUGUCCGCUCUGUCUCUUCUUGAUGUGCGAGCCGGUGACCAUGUCAUGCGGUCACACGUUCUGCCGGAGGUGUGUAGGGGGCUACCUGCUGCCCAGAUGCCCGGCGUGCAAAGAGAGAUUAAAACAAAGGGAGGUGAAAAGCAUGAAGAACAACGUCUUACUCAUCAGCAUCGUUGAAAAGUGCUACCCCGAUGAGGCUAGGAUGAAGUGCCAUAUACAGGAGAAACUAAAAGCCAACGAGUUCUCUGAAGCUUUACGCAUCGCCAAUGAGGGGCUAGACUUAGCCCCAGAUGAUCAGAGUCUGAAGUUGUACAGAGCUGAAGCUAACUGGGGCCUGAUGCAUUUGUCUGAUGCUUUGAUAGACCUCGACUACCUCUGCUGCCUUCGUCCCAAUUGGACUGAGGGCUUCUUUCGUAAAGGGAAUGUACUACUGGAAAUGGGUCAGCAGACCGAAUCCCUCGUCCAGUUCCAUCGUUGCCUAAAACUCCAAGCUGACUUUGCUCCGGCAAAGAACCAGAUCAAGAAGAUCCUGGAGGCAGAGGGCGUGGCAGUGCCGGAGGAGGUCCCCUGUAUUUUGCAAGUGUUGUGUGAAUACCUGAAAGAGCCCUGCCCCAUUACCAGCCUCAGUGGCUCUCCGGGUCCAACUCACCCCGAGGCUCUCAAACAUCCCUAUGGAGAUGAAGGAGAAGGUAAAGGGAGGAGAGAGACACACCAGGGCUCCAAAGCCAAGCAUGACAUGGGUACUGAGUGCUGCCUCAGCCUCUGCCAAGCUGUGUCCUUCCUUCCUGCUUCUGAAGAAGACGAGGAGAUGACGAUGAGGAAGGAAGAUGGGCAUGGCAGGGGUAUACUGACACACCAGGACACACGUAUAUUAUAAUUUCAUUGUCACUGUCAUCAUCACGUCUUCAUCCUGAGUCAUCUUUGUCACUGUCACUGCAAACAGCUUGACUUAUCACAUCAUUCAGAUGGUUUAUGAAAAUGCAUAAU